ACUCCUCACAGUGCUGGUGUUUUCCUAAACCUGUAGGAAUAACGCACUACAGAAGAUACUUGGUAGUUAAGCGCAUAAAAAAUUAAGAUAAUAUCACUAUGCUAUGAAAAGCAGCCACGCAUCUUUCAUGGAAAACCAUUUUAAAUAAACUUUACAAAUUGCUUGUAUUAUUAGCCUACUAUUGAGUGAAGGUGCUGCAGUUCUGCAUGUGGUUUGUGCAGGCCAUUGAUGCACUGCAUUAAAAAGAUUAAAAGUAGAAUAUAGAAUGAGUGUUUUAUGGGCUGUAUCACUGUUGACUGGUGUAGUUUUUGUUAAGGGUUUGUAUGUCAUAAAAAAGUCUCAAUCAUAUUCUGGCUCCUCCAAAUGGCACUCAGUCAUCAAAUCUCUGAGAAGCCCUGACUUAAGAUUUUUCCUUCAUAGUACUCUAAAAGGUUAGUUUAGUUUUUACAUUUCUAAAUAUCCCUCUCAGGCCUCUACCAGACGUUUGGGUUACACAGGGUGUCGAAUGGAAAAGUGGCUGGUGUGAAAUUGGUGAUUACAGCCUUGAUAUUUAUUCUAACAUGUUUCUAGUCAGGUGCAGAUUUUUAGGUCUCAAAUAUGAUUGUGAUCCAGAUGAACCAUUUUAGGUCAGUUUUUUUUACAACAACAAACAAACUGGUCUACUACCUACAUCCACUGAGUGAACAACAAUGAAUAUGUUUUACACUGAAGCUACAAGUCCACUCCGUGGCCCCCGAAUAUAUCUUAUAGUAACUGCCUUGUUUUGCAAUUUACUCAUGCUCUACAUUUAAUAGCAAAUUUGAGGAGGUUUGGGCGGUCUAGUAAAAAUUUGUCUUACAAUCUGGUACUAUCAAUAGCAGGACUAAUAUCACCAAUAUUGACACAGUUAUUUUUUUAAUCACAAAGCAAGUAAUGUAACAUAACAAUAUGUUUUAUUGGCUAAAAAUGUGUGUACUCAUGAGGAAUUUGACCCUGGUUUUGCAUUGCUGUCAAUAUACUUACAUGGAAAUAGACAUUACAGCUAAGAAAAGGACAACAAAAGUGGACAAAUAAAGGUAGGACAUAGACAGGACUAACAUAUACACAAGUAUGUGGAAACAAUACAUAUUUAUAAAUGAGAACAAAAAGCACCAGUGCCCAGCAACAUAAAUACGAAGUAUAUUUCCAUUUCCAUUUGUCAUGGUUUAUGAGGUGAAUUUAUUAUGACCUCAGAAUACAUUUUCAUUAUCACUAAUUGAUAAACACUGAUUUUUGUCUUUUUACCAUUCCAUUAAUUACUUGCAUGUUAAAAUAGAAGACAAACCAACAAUAUUUACACUAUUGCAGAUGUUAUACGCAAAAGUAUAAAUAGUAGAGAUACUCCAGGUUUUGAUAGCCCUUUUCAACGGCUUGUACUUGGAAUAAAAAGGAAAGAUAUCAAUAAUUUAAAAAUAUCUUGAAGUAAAUAUUGUAUUAUUUGCUCCACCACAUUUAUUUAACAGAUUUUCUUUGAGGAUUUCACAAACUCCAUAUAAAAUGAUUUGUAAGGCAGUACAAUAAACCAUAAUACAGCAGCAGUCAAAAUAAGAUCCACCUCCAUCAGUUAAAUGUUAUUGCACCAGUAAGUAUACCAGCAUUUAACAUCAACAAUGAUGAUUAUUAUAAUAAUAAUAUAUUUUAAAUACAUUUUGCUGACAAUGCUAUACUUUUAAAGCAGACUGUGUAGUGUGUCAUUGCAUGAAUCUUAAGGAAGAUAUUGUCCCUUUUACCAAAUAAACAAAUUUUUAAAAAAAAUAUAUUAUUUUUUAUUUAUUUUGAUUUUUCACUUUUCCUUCUUUGUUGCACCAUUGUUUACUAUGUAACGUGCAUGUAUACACUGUAAGUUCUUUGAUAUGUUUAAUAGUUUCCAGAGUUUUGCGCUGGUCUGCAGUGUGAUGAGGUCAGCUGUGGCCCUCUCACCAGCUGCUUCCCUUUGCCUGGGCCCGCUCCUCCACCAGCUCAUGCUCAUCUGACUAAUCUUUCUUGAAUGUUUACUUGAAUCCUGUAUUUUGAUUCUGUAAUGAUUUCUAAACCCAACAGUCAGACUGACUCUCCGUGCUUUCAGUCCUUCCCAGGUAACAGGUGAUGUGCGAUUCAGGAGGAGGGAUCAAUGAAACGAAAAUGAAACGCUUUGAUAUCUAAACAUUGACAUUGGGGAAGAUAUCAGCAACCUUUACUCGACAAAUAUGGCUCAGUCUCGUUAUGUGCAGCCCAGAGAGCUGCAGAUUGUGUUGAUUGGAAAGGUUGGAGUUGGUAAGAGUGCAACAGGAAACACCAUCCUGAAGAGAAAGGCUUUUCUAUCUCUGAUAUCUUCCUCUGCUGUGACAAAGAGGUUGCAGAUGGAAAAGGUGGAGCUGGACGGACAGAAUGUGGCUGUUGUUGAUACUCCUGGUCUGUUUGAAAGCACCCAAGAUGUCCAAAUCCAAGAGGAAGUGAUGGAGGAGAUCAUGAGGUUCACGUCUGCGACUUCAUGUGGCCCUGUUGUGUACCUGGUUGUGCUCCAGCUCGGCAAAUUCACACAGGAAGAGCAGCAAAUUGUGCAAAUAAUCCAGAGGACCGUUGGUGAAGAGGCAGCACACCACACCAUGGCCCUGUUCACUCGAAGAGAUGAUCUGAGGACGGAAGGAAGUUGUUUAGAGGAGUUAAUCGGGGCAGAUCCAGCUCUGCGUGCAUUCAUCAGAGAGUGUUGUGGGGGAUACCAUGUUUUUGACAACAGAGACACUGAUCCGUCGCAAGUGACUAAGCUAUUAGAGAAGAUCAACAACAUGUUGCAGAGAAAUGGAGAAAGAGGCUACACCCAGUGGGGCGAGAGAGAAACUCAAGAAAGAAGAGAAGCUGAAAGAGGCGGUGCAUUCACCGACGCCUGCCUCAUGGGUGCUUGUGCUGUAGCAUGCACUGCAGCAGGUGCAUUACUAAUGUACACGAUGUUUAAAAAGAAUCCAAAUCCAGAUGUAGCAGUUCGUGCAGUGAAGACAGUCGUGGUGCUUCGCAAACUUAGCUUGUAGGUUGAUGGGAGAGAAGGCAGAAGUAAACCAGCCACACUAAGUUGGCAACCCGUUUAUAAACCUGUAAAUGGAUGAAACUUUAGGUUUGUAACUUUUUAAAUGCUUUUCUACGGCUGUUCUUUCAACAUUUGUUCAGGCCUUUGCUUCCUUGUUUAAGUCAAAGUCAUGGUGGAAGAAUUAGUUGAAUAUUUUACAUAAGAAAAAGGACUAUUACCUUAGUUUAGAAAUACUCUGUUAAAGUUUAAGUCUUGAGUUCCAAAUUUCACUUAAAGGUGAAGUGUAGGGGCAUCUGUUGGUAUAAAUAUUAUAUAAUAUUCACAAAUAUGUUUUCAUUGUGGAAUAAUCACCUGAAAAUACGAAUUUUUGAGUUUUCAUUACUUUAAAAUGGGCCGUUUAUAUCUGUAUGCAGAAGUACUCUUAUAUGUAAUCUGCCAUGUUCUUUCUACAGUAGCCAUUCAUGUUUUUUUUGUGCGUAUUUUUUUUUGUGUUGGCCACUAGAUCUCUCCAAGAUGCUCGGCACACAGAAGUUUCAGUUGGUUGUAAUCUGCAGUCCUUCCACUAGAUGCUACUAAAUCAUACACACGAAUACUUUAAGUAAAAGCACAAAACAUUAGCAUCAAAAUAUACUUCAAGCACCAAAAGUAGAAGUACUCAUGCAGAAUGGCCGAUUUCAGAAUUCUAAAUAUAUAUAAUAUUAUGUAUUAUAUUAUUGAUGUAUUAAUGCAUUAAGCACUUUACCGUAACUCUUAAAUGUGGCUCUUUUUUUUAUUUCUUUCCUUUAUUUAUUCAUGGAUAUUUUUCAACAAGGAAUCAAUUAAAAGUCUUAUCCUUAUCUACAUCAUUAUUUAUUUGUUGAUUACAUUCUGUAUUAUUAAUCUGAAUCUGCAAAAUAACUCAAAUUAAUGUAGCUGAGUAAAAAGUACAAUAUUAACCUCUGACAUGAAGUAGCAGAAAAUAAAAAUACCGAAGUGAAGUACAAGUACUCAAAAUUGUUCUUAAGUAGCCCACAGCACUUGAGUAAAUGUAUUCAGUUACUUUUUACGACUGAAAUUAUGUUAAGCAUAUUGUUCCUUCACUCUGUUUAACUUUCAUUGUUCAGAUUUUCAGAAAAUAACAUGUUUAACGCCUAGAUGUACUUGCAGGAUUUCUGCGUAACAGGAUGUCACGACUACUUUGGAGACAAUUUUGGGCCAUUAUUUAACAUAUACAAGUGUGAUGUGAAAAGCUGAAAAUACCACAAACACUGAGAAUUGACUUUUCAGUAAAGAAGGAAAUAUCAUGUGUCCUUUUGCUUUGAGACAAAAAUAAAUAUGUAUAUAUAUUGA